AUGACAGAAAGAAGCCGAAUGCGCAUGCAGCUGAUCCGCGCUUGGACCCGCCACCGCGGAGACGCGGGCGGCGGCCCUCUCCCGCCGCUCAAGAAGCCGCCGCGGAAUCUCGCUUCGAAUGACGAGGUCUCUUCGUCUGUUCGUUUCUCUCCCUUCUUCUCUCCAUCUCGACGCCUUUUUGCCAUCCUUUCUUUCCCUGUUUGCGUCUCUCGGUCCGAAAAAAAGGUCGUCUCUCCGGCGCUGUCUCUUCGAGUUCCACCGCAUGGCACGAGAGCGCCUGAGAGCCGCGUUUUCUCUGGAGCGCAUGCAGUUCGCCUUUUCUCGACGGGAGCAGGACGCCGAUCGGCUCGCGGGCGUCGCCGAGCUGCGGCAGUCUCCGAGCAGGCUGAGGACACUGGCGACGCAGACGCAGACAACGAAGGCGACCCCCAGGUCUCGCUUGUGGAGCAGGAGUCGCGCAUGCGCUUUUGGCAGGAGGAGCAGGAAGACGACGGCCUCCCGCUGCUCGCCAGGCCAUUUGUGCAUGCGUUUCAGCCGCGGGAAUUCCUCAACCGCGAAGAUCUUCCUUGGCUUUCUCCCGAGCAGAGAAAGUACAGUCGCAUUCUGUUCGGCAAGCCCAUCGCAGCACACCCUGUCCUCGUCGCUCAGACGCUCCAUAAGCUCCCUCACAAUCCUUGGCCCCAGGUCGCCGCCGUCGGCCAUUCAAAUGUCGGGAAGUCUUCUCUCCUGAAUGCUCUGAUGCACGGCAGAGACGUCGCUCGCUCUUGCAGCAAACCGGGUCGAACGCGGCACCUCUUCACCUUCGACCUCGGCAAUCACCUGAGUCUGGUCGACCUGCCUGGCUACGGCUUUGCUCGUGUGAAACCGCAACUGAAGGAGGAGUGGGCGAUUUUGAUCGAGGAGUAUUUCACACGCUCCAAACAACUGCGGAGAGUUUUGUCUCUCGUGGACGCCACGAAGGGUGUCGAGGCGCUGGACGAAAGACUCUGGCAGCUGCUGGCGGAGAAAAAUCUCCCCUUCCAGGUGGUGCUCACCAAGGCAGAUCUGCUCACAGCGCGGGAACUGCAUGCGGCGAUGUUUGAUGUUUUAUCACGGCUCCAGGCUGUGGAGAAGAAGGAGACGCUUUUGCAUCCCUUUGUGCAUGCGGUGUCAUCGCGUCACAAUCACGGAAUUCCUGAGCUGAGAGCUUCUCUCGCUGCGGUGGCCUCUGACUGGAGGAAGCGACAGGGUCUCCCUUUGCUCAAAUUUCAAGGGCAAGAAGACUCGCCUGUGCGUCGUCACAGAUGAGCGGAAAGCCUGCCAUGCCGUCGGGUAUUGACGUCUAGCAGUUUUGUGCGAGAUGUACAAAGAUUGUGAUUUUCGCUUUGGCCGCCAGCGUCUGAGACCUUUCCCGUGAUGUUUUUGGCGAAGUCGUGGACGCCUUCAGUCGGAUCGAGAGGAUGCCCGGAGGUACCGGAAGUGAAGAGAUUCGAGGACCGACAGGGCGAGACUACACAGAGAGAAGCGCGCGCUGCGCGUCAAGUCGCCUCUAUAGUUCUAACGCCUGACUGCAUGCUCUGUAAACCAUCGAAGCGCUUCUUUCAGGUUGCCUCGUGACGGCCAGACUGCUGUACCCGGUCUCUGUUUCGCGACCUUUCUGCUCGUGACCUGGUGCUGCCGCCUGCGUUCUCGCGUUCUCUUUCCGGUUUUCUUUCUUUUGUCGUCUGUUCUUCAUCUUGUCUCUCGCUUGUCAAGGAGACGAAGGCGGCGCCUCGUUUUUCUGCAGCCGCAGCUGUUUCCAUGUGGACUUGAGAGUCGCUCCCAAGUCGCCUCCUUCCGGGGAGUCCCUGUGAAGGAUCUCGGGCACAACACCGGCUGCUUCGUUGCGUAUCCUGUGCUUCGAAUCUUUUUAAGUUCUCUUUUCUUACCCUUCGUUUACGAAACUGUACAUAAUCCUCUAGACUGC